CUUGAGGAGCAUUAUAGUUCGAUUUGUCACCUCGCGCUCCGCGCUCCGCGCUUCGGUAUUCGGUUUUUGUCAGAGUUCCUACAUCAUGACAGUGACCAAUUAUAGUAAACUUCCGAUAUAUAACCCUCUCUCCUCACACUCUGAAGUCACCUAAGCUCACAUCCAAAGAUCAUCCAUUGACUCUAUAUUUUUUAGACCUAUACUUUCCUGGGCUCUAUCACAAUGUCGACUACAAACAACAUCGCUUUUACUGCUCCUCUGAAUCCUGCCGGAGCCGGCCCGACCCUCAAUUCAGAACAAAUUUGGGCUGGCCUGCUCCUCAAAAUUCGUUCCGCCGAGACCUUUGUUCCAAGUGCCAUCCAAUCUACCAUUGUGGUUUCCGAAUCUACGGACCCAUCCACGGGGAACCUAGUCACUGUCCGCGAAGUCGUCUUCCGCGAGAACCAGCGCCAAGUUACGGAGACGGUCACAGCAUACGAACCUUCCAGGGUGGUCUUCGUCCAGCCAGAUGGAAGUACCAUCAACAAUGUAAUUAGUGAGGGUGCAGACGGGGAGCUGUACAUGACCUUUACCUUUGAAUGGAGACACUCAGGGGCCUCUAAGGCAGAGCGUGCGGCCUUCUUGGAGCGGGAGAAGAAGAUGAGCAAGCUCGCGGUGGAAGGGACUAUUACGGUGUUGAAGGAGUUGGCCAAGGAUAGGAAGAUUUGAGGGUUCGAAAUAUUUAUGAAUAGACUGCCAAUUGAUUGUCAAUCCUAUAAAGAUUCACCACCAACUGGCUUUUUUGAUCCACACUCUUUCCCGACAAUUCCAUGAGCGGCAAUUUUCUUCAACACAGCAACUUGCUCCGGAUAACAACUCUUCCUCCCAAGAGACCUCGACCGCUGCCACAGAGGCACGAGGAGCUUAUAUGAAUACCGUGGGAAUGUAGGGAGUCUAUAGGAUAGGGAAGAUAUGAAUAGAUCAAAAACACGGAAACGAUACGAAAUCAAGCAGACGCCUCCGGGAAAGGACAUUCAAGCGAGGGCAGCCUCAACCCGAAAGAACUA